UUUGCGCCGGUGAGGUUUUCGAGCGCGCUAAUACUCCCUCCCGCUGUGGUCACAUGACCAUAACAGCGGUUGGUUACGUACGGAAGGACGUUCUGGUAACGGUCGAUGACGUCAUUUGUUAUAUUUAAGGCGCCGGUUAGUGACGGUUUUUCAAAAUGGCCGCCGGCGCAGCAAUGGGGUGUUUAACAUGGAGGAGCCUCGGUAGUUUGACCCUCUGCUCCCUGCACUCAGUCCGGAUAUCAGCAGCGGGCAGCCGGCUCUGUAGCUCCGGACAGUCCGCCCAGCGGGAGAAUCCACCGGAGAGAUCCGGCUUCAGACCGCCGCCCGGCUCCACACACGACUGGAUCGGGCCCCCGAACCCUCUGUCCAACCUGCGGCCGAUCAUUUACCACGUCCCCGAGAACGAGUCCGAGCUGGAGAAGCGGCUGCGACACCUGAGGCAGGAGACGGAGGACUGGAACCACGAGUUCUGGACCAAGCAGAACGUCAGCUUCAACCAGGAAAAAGAGACUUUCAUCAUCUCACAGCUCAAGUCGAAAGGUCUGACUCUACGCGACGAAGACGGACGACGUCGGACUCUGAGCAGCGAAGACAUGGCCCAGUUUUAUAAAAGCUUCCUGGACAGAAACCGAGUUCGACACGCGAAUUACAACAAGGAGUGGUACCGACGUAACUUCACCAUCACGUUACUCAUGGCUCGAGUCGCCCUGAACGACAUGUGGAGGACGGUCACUAAAAACAGCAGGAAAAGCAGCAGCUCUCCUCCCACAUGACAAUAAACCUGACGUCAACAAGU